CUUCAAUAUUUUAUCAUUUUCGUUGUUCACUUCAUUGGUGACAUCAAAGUCAGACGGAAAAUUUAAGAGAGGUUCAUAUUGAAAUCAAACUGUAAUAAUAAUUUAUUUGUCUUUAUUUGAGUGUGUGCAUAAACCUCUCGCCGUAAGAAUUAAAGAAUAAAAAAAAAAAAUUAAAUUGAGUCGCCAACCAUGACGUUGUUACCAUCUAAAAUAAACGCAUUACACGACGAUCAGUAGCUGUUGACACAGGUUUAGCGCAAUUUUUAAAGUCGAUCUAAUCCGCUUGGAGUUUACGAUUUGAUCAAAACAUUUUUUUUAAAAAAAAAAAGCUUAUCUACAGCACCACUUUUAACUUACCAAAUUUGUGCACCGGUCACGUCCACCAUUCACGGAGUCACUUUUUUGUCACAGGACGUUGGGUGAAACUGCACGAUUCAUGUAUUAGUGUGGAUGUUAUUUCACAAAGGAGAUAUAACACACACACACAAAAACAUUAAUUUUAAAAAAUUUCACAAAAUUAUGUGAUCUUAUAAUCCUGGUUCUGCUGGAAAACUGGGACACCCUAAAUUUUGCGGAUCACAUAUACGGGUAGCAGUGCUCCAGACAGUUGUGCUCCAGACAGCAGUGCUCCAGACAGCAGUGCUCCAGACAGCAGUGCUCCAGACAGCAGUGCUCCAGACAGCUGUGCUCCAGACAGUUGUGCUCCAGACAGUUGUGCUCCAGACAGUUUUUCUCCAGGUAAACACGCGGUUUACUGUCUCAUGUUUUGUGAUAUAAGACUCUGAUUUGUGUAACUCCAAGGGCGUGCUUGCCACGUAAUCAAACGAUAAAUACAUACCAAGGUUCACAUCUAAGCGGAAAAUUGCUUUUCCAGGAAAAAGAACUCAUGUGACGACAACAUGUUGCAUGAGCAUACUUUCAUGCUCUAAUCAGUCUUUUUUUUUCCUUCUCUGGGAAAAGUGACCAAUUCUAUUUAUGUUUAGAAAUGAAUUCGGUGUCUAUGUGGACCAGUGCGUCAUGUCCAUUUUUGCUUUCGGGCCAUUUCGUCGAGGGUAGGGGUGGGUAGCAUUAGAGUCUUUCUGUAUCAACGCCAAAAUAGGUCAUUGUAACAAACAUGGCCAGCUCUUAUUAUGAGUGCAAAAUACGUUUGUUUACACUGACGAUAUGGACCACCCACCCCCUCCCUACGCCCCCCCCUUACUUUUGACAGAAAAGCUAUUUAAAGACUAUUUAAAUUCAACCUGUUAAAUUGAAUCUAUUGAUACGGUAAAUUUAAUUAUAAAUAUACAAAGAAUAUUUAUAUACAUUGAGCCCCCCCCUCCCUUUCCCCAUGCCCCUAUAUUUUCAGUUAAAAGUUGUGGGGCAAUUUACCCCGGAUCACCGUCCCGUGCAUUAUCGUAUAAAAAAAUAAAUAUACAAUUGUGCAUACGUGCAAAGAUACAAAAGUUCACAUGUACGCGGAUACAAAAGUGCAUAAUAUAUACACUAAUGUAAAUGUAGACCUAUCUAGCACAUGGAUAAAAAUGUAGAAAGUUCACGUGAAAAAUGUGUACACAUAUAAAUCUGCAAAGCUCUUAAAGAAAUGUACAUAGUGCACGAAUAAAAAUAUACACCGUACGCAGAUAAAAAUGUACAGUGUGCACACUUUUCCUCAAAAGAAGUGUAUUAAAAUUCAAGUUACAAAAGUUGCUUGUAUAUCUGCUUCCUUCAAAUAUUCCUGUUACACCUCCGUUAAGCAAGGCACACGGGGCUGCGCUGUCACACCUCUGUCAAGCAAGGCGCACAGGCUUAUCCGUCACAACUCUGUCAAGCAAGGCACACAGGCUGCUCUGUCAAGCAGGGCUCACAGGUUGGUCUGUCACAACUCUGUCAAGCAGGGCGCACAGGUUGCUCUGUCACACCUCUGUCCAGCAAGGCACACAGGUUUGAAGUUUGCGUUUGAUCAAACACUAGUUGGGCAGCUGCCAAGACACGUAUCUGCGUACUACGAACAAAUACACCAGUACGGUUUUUCUGUAGGUUUCAGCGUGUUUUCCAGGAACAUCUCCAGCCAGUCAACACAAGAUGAUGCGCGAACAUUUCAUACCACGAUUCGUCAGUGGAUGAUCCAGAAAUAAUUGAUACAAUUUAUGCAUGACUUGUAGGGGCGGGGGGGGGGGCGGGGGGCACCAUCAACAAAACCACAUGGGGGGGAUGGGGCGCAGCAUAGUCACCAAUGUGGGUCUCUUUGCAUUAACCAUCUAGAUGCGCGAACAUUUCAUACCACGAUUCGUCAGUGGAUGAUCCAGAAAUAAUUGAUACAAUUUAUGCAUGACUUGUAGGGGCGGGGGGGGGGGCGGGGGCACCAUCAACAAAAACACAUGGAGGGGAUCGAGCGCAACAUAGUCAACAAUGUUGGUCUCUUUGCAUUAACCAUCUUUUUCUUUUGUUUUGUCUUUGUUUUUCUUCUGCGGACUAUGAUGCUAUAAACAGCCAGUUUUUGUUUUAUUUUGCUCGUUUCAGCCACCGGCAAUGUGUGUAAUUGUAGUCAAAUGAUGUGAUAAAUUAGCCGCUUUAUACAUUGCCUAGCCAUCAUAUAGAGUACCUGGCGAUUAUGGUCAAAUUGUGAAAACAUGGGCCGUUAUAUAAAUUGCCUAGCCAUCCUAUAGAUAACAGGCGAUUAUGGUCAAACUGUGUAAUCCGUGAGCCGUUAUAUAAAUUUCCUAGCCAUCCUAUAGAAUACCUGGCGAUUAUGGCCAAAUUAUGUAACACAUUAGCCGUUAUACACAUUUCCUAGCCAAUAUAAAAUUAAAAUAAACUCUUUGCUGCUAUGUAGUCUCCGGGAGGACAGCAAGUAGGAUGUGAUAGAACAUAAGUAGUUUAUUAAAGACAAAAUGUGACGGAAGAGAGGAAAAGUAAGUCCACAACGAUUGGUUGUAACAAGAACGGGGCGGAGCAAAGUUUUGAACAACUGAAUACGAACAUGACAUGCAUACCAUGAGGUGUCAAUGUACGACCCCAGGUAGCACUAAGGCUAGCUACGCCGCUGCUUGCUCCUGGUGGAUAACAAUAAUUGCCAAACACGUAUUCCUCUAAACUAACACUUAAAUUAUGGGCGGGGGGGAGUCACAUUUAAUUUUUAAAAUAUUUUUUUUCAAAUUUAUUUUUCCUGGAAUUAGUCCCAUUUUGAAGGGAAAAAAAUGCCGCUCUAGGCAACCUCCUAUUGCGCCUAUAUCCGAAGCCGCCCGCACUGCCCCCACCACAAGCUACACCCCACUCCCCCAAAAAUUGGGUCUAAUACACAACCCCAUUAAAGAAACAUUUUACUUAAGCGCUAAGCGUUAUACACAAUGUCGUGUUCUUUAACUUUAAGGCUUUUCAGUGUUUGAUAAUCUGGCGUUAUUAUCAUUAUUUAAAUAAAUCUACACGUCACAUUCUCAGAAACUGUGCUUCCAUUUUGUGCCACCAUCCCAACCCCACACACAUACACGCACACAACACCAUCGUUGUAAAAAAAAAAAUUAAAAAAAACUCCACCUUUCAAAUCGCCUUUUAUUCUACACAAUUACGGCGUUUCAUUUUUACAGCUUCAAAGAAUUCGUGUAUACUUGUAUUUAUAUUAACACAUUUUUAAGGCACGAGAUAAAAAGAACAAAUUUUUUUAAAAACUUUAUUAAACAUUUAGAACAUUGUUAAAAACUUUCCGUAGACCUAAGAUAAUUCACAUUAUUUCAGUAAAACAUUUUUUACGAAAGAUAAAAACCAUCCAAUAUAAAAAAUAUAUAUUUAUUUAAUUAUGUUUUUUUUUAAAGUUCAUUGAAAUUUGAAUAUUAUCAUUAACAUAAAAUAUAAAAUAUGUCUUAGGUUAUUUAAUAAUUUUGUUUGUAAGCGAUUGUUCGGCAGCAUUGCACAAUGUUUCACCGGUCUGUAAGCAGGGACCUCGUUUGGGUAGGGCAGGGUGGGGUUUGCCCCACCCCACCCCCUGAAUUUGCAGGUUUUAUUUAAAUUGAUAUGUACUUUGGCGCCUCCAGUAAUAAACAACUUAACAAGCCGAACAAAUUUUGGUUUUGCCCCCCCCCCCCAAUCUGUAAGAUCGCAAUCCUAAUAAGUAAAAAAAAAAAACUUCUUCGCUUCUUGUGCUACAUCCAUCACGUGAUUAAUGUAACAUCUGUUCACCUCUUGCGCGAAUUGGUAAUAUCAAUAAUAUCAUUUUUUAACAGAGAAGGAAUACUCUCUCUCUCUCUCUCUUUCGCACACACACUCUCUCUCUCUCUCCCUCCCAGGGGGGAGGGGGUCAGGCCAUGUGUGACGUCACACAUUUAUUUUUUUCAAAAUUUCAUUUCUAAUUUAUUUAUUUUUUUUUUAGUAGAAUGUAAUAACUUUAAAAAUAAUUUUCAAAAAUUUUGUGAAACAUUCGAAUUAGUUUUAUGUCAAAGUAGCAAGAAUUGCGUAUCUCCUGAAUGUGUUGUUCAUGAUUGCUCUCGUAAGGAGCGCUAGUAUGCGUUUGCGAACCCUUGUUUUAUGUAUAGCCUUGCUUUCGUCUUGCCUGAAGUAUUAUUAUUUCUAUGUUGUCCGCUGCAUAAUUAUGUCACUGUCCUUUUUAUUAUUUAAUCACUGAGUGAGGUCAAGUUUCACUAAUCUACUUCUAUUCCUGUGUAAAAAAGAUUGCAUAAUCGGAAGAUUAUCUAAAACUUGACCUCACCUAUUGUAAAUGAAAAAGCAGCAGAAAAAUUAUGUAUAUUAUAUAAUUGUUUAGUCAAAUUUGUGCAAUUUUUGUUUUCAAAUUCAAUCUAGAUUGAGUUAUUGCUUCAAUGGAUAACUGUGACAACUGUUGACAAUUAACUAUUCUACUAUUAAAGUCAUUUUAAUAAUGUGAUAGUUCUUUUAGUUGGAAAUUUUAUAAUUAAAUACUGUUUAAUAGUGAAGUGUGUUUUAGAUUAAAUUUUAAAUAGGUGUCAAUUUUUUAAAAAAAAUUGUUUGAAAGUGUGACGCACUUUGGGGGGGGGGGGGGUUUCCAAGAUUUGUGACAGUUUGUGACGGGGGGGGGGGGGGGAAAAAUGGUAAAAAAUAGCGUGACGUACUUUACGGACGGCCCCUUAAUUGGCAUUCUGUGAAAAACGGAAUUAAGUAGAACUUCAGCAAUUGGAGAUCACAGGUCUUUUGGAUUAACAGAAACUUUGAGUUCAUUCAUAUUUUAAUGUGUGUUAGUGUAAAAAUAAUAAUUUGUUUAAUUUUAGAUUGAUUUCAUAAUAACACGAAAAAUAAAAUCUCCAAAAUGGCGUGUAAAUUUGAGCUCAAUAUUUAGAUAAACUUUCUAUAUCUAAAAAAUAAAUUUUAUGCUAAAUGAAGACACAUACACAUAAUUAUGAUGCCACAUACUUAGCACCAGAUGUAGUCCUGACAAUAAGCUCCAAUCUACCAGGACCAUUAGGAUGACGUAAUCCACACGCUUCCCUCCCUCCUCCCUCCCCCACCCCCCCCUCCAAAUAAAAUAAAAUAACCCACAUAACAAACCCAGCGAAAGUACAUGAAUGCUAUAUUUAGGUUUUCCCGGAAUAACAUAGUUCUUGAAAAAACAUGAACAAAAAACGCUUGAGGUGGGAAACCCCAAUAAGCCGUGUAAAUUUUGUUUGUUACACUAGGUAUUGAACUGGCAAGGCCUUGCUACAAUUAUGAGAUAUUCAUAUAUACAUUUAAAUUCAGGAUUUUCCUCGUUGAAUUGUAAUUGAGACACUUUUUAUAGAGUGAAGAUUUUUUUUUAACUAACAGGAAAUAGUUCAGGGGAUGCUCUGUGGAGAAAAAAACAACUCAUUCGGGAAUUCCCAGAAAAGUGUCAGGGGAAUUUAGUUGUUUUUAUUAUUACGACAGGGUACAGUGACGAUCCACCACCAUUUGUAACCAAGUAUUCCACAUUGCCUCGUCCGUUGGUUCGGAGUGGGCUGCUGAUCCAACAUGAGCACCCACCAGAGCAGACCAAGUCCACGUGAACACAACCAGCGUUUGUUGGAGGAACUAAAACCGGGCGACAUCGUGAAAUUUGCCCGGUUCGGAGGAGUGUAUUACCAUUUUGCUAUAUACAUAGGUAGGUCGUUAUUGUGCACAUUGAUGUCUUCAUUGUAUACCUAGGUAGGUCACUAUUGUAUACCUUGGUAGGUCAUUAUUGUACACCUACAUGGGUCAUUAUUGUACACCUUGGUGGGUCGUUAUUGUAUACUUAGGUAGGUCAUCAUCGAAUUCAUAGGUAGGUCCCUGCUGUCUUCAUAUGUAUGUCACUAUUAUAUACAUUGUAUCGUAAUAUUUGUAAUUAGAUAUUAUAGCCCGCCAAACAUUGGCGACAGCAAUGUGUGAACUUCCCAUCCAAUAAAGUGACUUGACAAAACAUGAACUCAAGUAAUGCACACUCAAGAAUCCUAAUUGUUGCUACACCCCUUCCAUAUGAUAGUUAACUGCACACUUUUUAUUUCACACCCAUGGAUUUUAUUAAAUAUUCUGAUGUCCCAACCACUUUUAAACCGAAAAUAUUUUACACCAUAUUUAAGUUGAGGCGAUUUCGUUUUCUGAAAAGAAAAUAUUACGUGCCAAAGGCAGUUGUGUAGUAUAAAAAAAUUAUAAUUUAGCGUAGUUACCGGGAAUUAUAUUUUGCGCGCUAUUGAACUCAUUAUUCAAGCAUACUUUCUUUCAAACAUUUAGAAUUUUAAUGUGUAAUAUAAUCUCAAUAAGAAAUUCGCUGAUUAGGAAGCAGUCAUUUAGGAAGCAUUCCACGAGUCACAACAGAAGCGUAAUAUGUAUAAGCCAAAAUGAUCAAUAAAUUGAUCGUGGGCCCUUAAGAUAUAGAAGAAGAAGAGAUAUAUAUAUAUAUAUAUAUAUAUUAUGUAUAAUUAUAAGAAUGAGCUAGACUGACCGUAACACCAAAGAAAUGAAAAUAUUUAGAUAUGUUCGGAUUCUUGAAAAGAAUCAUAGUUAUUUUCAAUUAUUUUAUGGAAAUCGAAUACAUUUAAAGGCGAAAAAAAAAAAAAUAUAUAUAUAUCCGCUUUUAUUUUAGUAUAAGUUUAAGUAUUAUUAUUAUAAAUUACAAAUACAUUAAAAGUAACAACUAAGGAACUAUUUUAAGCAUUGCAUCCGAAUGUAUAGGCUAUGGAAAAAAAUAUUAAUAAAAAAAGUAUGACCUAAGAAUUGCACUAUAAUCACAUUUAUCGAGAUUCAACCAAAUUUCCGUUCGAUCAAAUUUCCGUCGAUCAAUUUACCGGCGACGAAAUUUCUUUCGAUCAAAUUUCCGGUAACCAUUUAGGAGUCUAGGCAAACACAAAGAGUGAUAAACUAAUCAGCACUAGGAGUUUAACCACACAUUGUUGACCGGUCCUAAUGAUGUCGUUCUCUGUCGGGUACAUGUGAGGAGGUAACUGGCAAAAACCUGCCAAGUUUUAAAGGAAAGGAAAAAAAUGAGUUAUCGAUUUCGGCUGGUUUAUUACUUGUCUGUAGACAACUGUUUAGAGCUGUCAAGUGACUUAUGUGGCGCCACCUGCAAAAAGUUUUUUUGGUGCUAUUUUUCCCACCUGCAUAUAAAGUUCAUAGUUUAAUUAUUGUUUUUUUUUAACCUCGACUCAACUGUGGGUCUUUAAAAUAUAACAGCCCGCGGGGGCUGGAGGGCCAACGCAACAGCUAAAGUGACAUCGGAGACCAACCACCCCCUUCCUCUCCUCCCCCAUUCUACGUAUUUUGUUACGGAUAGUUUGGUAUUGCAGCCAUCUUUUUUUUUUUUUCAUUUCCUUGACCUCGGGGAAGGCAUGUGUGGGAUACGAUUAAAAAAAAACCAGUUUAAUUUGACACUCAUUUCAUAAAAUUUUUAUUUUGUCGAGUUUAUGAAACUUUCUUGACACAUGUUCAUCGAACUCUUAGAUAACAUGUACAAUGAGAAUUGAAUCCUAAGCGUUAUUCUUCAGCUCGUUGUUAUUCUCUUGUUCACCUAGGCGUUAUUCUUCAGCUCGUUGUUAUUCUCUUGUUCACCUAGGCGUUAUUCUUCAGCUCGUUGUUAUUCUCUUGUUCACCUAGGCGUUAUUCCUCAGCUCGUUGUUAUUCUCUUGUUCACCUAGGCGUUAUUCUUCAGCUCGUUGUUAUUAUCUUGUUCACCUAGGCGUUAUUCUUCAGCUCGUUGUUAUUAUCUUGUUCACCUAGGCGUUAUUCUUCAGCUCGUUGUUAUUCUCUUGUUCACCUAGGCGUUAUUCCUCAGCUCGUUGUUAUUCUCUUGUUCACCUUUCCAGAUAAUGAAAUCGUGAUUCACAUCUUCUCUUGUUCACCUUUCCAGGUAACGAAAUGGUGAUUCACAUCUGCGAACUCGAAGAUGCCACGACCUCUCGGAAAAUGAAGAAAACCCUGGCGGCGUCGGUGUCCAGCUCUCCACAGAAUAAAGUCCGGAUCGCCAAAGAGAGUUUUUGGAAGGCGGCCAGGGACUGCAAGGGAAAGAAAGCCAACCACGAGUAGGUUAAAGCUUUUUAAAAAAAUCAAUAAUUUACAUUGCUACAUCUUUUUAUAUUAGAUGUCAAAACUUUUCAGUUGCAUAUAAUUUUAGUGGUCAGCUUCAUAAUUUUAGUGGUCAGCUUCAUAAUUUUAGUGGUCAGCUUCAUAAUUUUAGUGGUCAGCUUCAUAAUUUUAGUGGUCAGCUUCAUAAUUUUAGUGGUCAGGUUCAUAAUUUUAGUGGUCAGCUUCAUAAUUUUAGUGGUCAGCUUCAUAAUUUUAGUGGUCAGCUUCAUAAUUUUAGUGGUCAGCUUCAUAAUUUUAGUGGUCAGGUUCAUAAUUUUAGUGGUCAGCUUCAUAAUUUUAGUGGUCAGCUUCAUAAUUUUAGUGGUCAGGUUCAGCCACUACGAAAAACCAAUUACUGAUGUGAUGGGUUUUUUGUUGAGUAGAUCGAAUCCAUCUUUUUAAAAGGAGACUUGCAGUCAAGAGUAUUGUUGUACCUGUAUUUUGUCAUGUAUUAAUAAAAAAUAAAAUCAUCAAUAGUUUAAAACUCUAAAUUAAUCUACUUUUGCGCUCUUCUGUCAUUCGUAUUAUUUAAGUAUUGACUGAAGGACAUUAGCGUCUUCCUUUCUGUAUACAGUUUAUUUAAAUAUUUACAAAAAUAAAUAGAGCAGUGAACAUGGUUUUAAUUUGAAUCAAUUCGCUGCGGAAUUUCCUCUGAUUGGAUUCUAAGAAAUUUUAAAUCAGUUUUUACUUUUUAGUGCAAGUAAACUUGUCUUUCAGAAAUUAAAAAAAAAACCAAUAAAAUCUGUUUUAUUUUUUUUUAAUUAUUUUUUUUUUGUUACAGUAAAAUAAAACACUUUUACGCGUAUAUUUCUUGAAAUAGAAAAUGUUAAAAUAAAUCACUAAUAAGGAAAAAUGGCUUUGAAAAAAAAUGGUGGGGGGGGGGAGGGGGUACGUAAUUUGUAUUAUCUAGGUUAGACUUCUACCGCACUAGGAGAACCCUUGCAACAACUAUUUUUGUCUUUUAAAAAUCAUUUUAACUUAUUUCUGUUCUUAGGCGCUAUGAAUGUGAGAGCUUCGAGUUUGAUGAGAUCUUAAGACGUGCCGAGCAGUGCCUCGGCACCACGGACUACCACUUUCUACUGAAAAACUGCGAGCACUUUGUGAACAGGAUCAAAUAUGACAAGGAGGAGAGUCAGCAGGUAAGCACUGGGUCAACAAGGUCAAGGUCAAAUUGGACAGGGAGGAUUUUCAGUUUAAAUAGGCUUGGGUCAAUCGCUGGGUUAAAAGUGUUUAACAUAAACGUGGAACACCGCGCUACACGAUUUAUUAUAAAGUGUUUUGUUUAUUUACAUUAUAUAAAAAAUUAUAUAUAUAUAUAUAUAUAUAUAUAUANUACCACGAGCGGCGCAGGGGGUGGCGAAAUUUCCAAUCUUUUAAUUUUAUACAAACUAUGGGACUCCAUCUCCGGGUUUGAAUUCAGAGAGAUCUCCUUCUCUAAGGCUGUGGAUAAAAGGGGAGGUAAUGCAGCAGGAUUUCGAAAAGGGCAAAAGUUCGUAUACCGAACCGAACCUCUUGUAUUUUUUUAAUAAAAUUUUACAAUGAGAUAUAAUUGAUACAAACUACAAGACACAUUGUAUGGCUUUCCCAUUCGAUUUUUGUUUUGUUUUGGGCACCGACAUUGGUUCAAAGUAUUUAAUACAUAAAAUGUGUUAUAAAUAUUGAAAGCGUUCCCCCCCCCCCAACAAAACUAUGGCAAAUACGAUACUAUCUCUGCUAAAAUAUUUUUUUAAUGAUAUUAAUCGACGACCAAUUUAAAUAGAAUUUUUGUUUCUUGUCACCAGUCUUCCAAGGCCAAAGUUGGUUUCGGUGUUGCAGGCGCCAUUAUCUUGGGAUUGACCGCUGGAGUUACAGCGUUCGCGGUCAUUAAUAGUCGCAACAAAAAGGAGGCCAGACGCCAAAGCCAGGCCCUGGACUUAGCCUGAGAUGAUGUCUUCCCGCAAAACAGAUCAUUAGAGUUGUACCUGUGGAGUGUUGUGCCUGUAUGGUGUUGUACCUGUGGAGUGUUGUCACCCUUUCUUUAUUUUAAAAAAACAAAACUUUUUUUUAAUCAUCAACAUUUCCAAGUUUAAAUUUUAUUAUUUUUUUCAUUAAACUAUAAUCGUAAUGAUUUUAUAUUUUUUAUAUGUUCAAAGCCUGUGUUGUUAAUUGCAUUCAUUGGUUGUGCUGUAGCGAAGCCGGGAAAAAGGGGGGGGGGAGGGUUGAGGGGCUCACCCUCUGAGACCACUUUUCCAAACUUGUUUUCAAAAACUAUAACAUUCUUUUCGUAAUUAAAUUUAAAUUUGUAUAUUUUGUAUCACUGUGUAAUUUCUAUAUUAAAAAGAAGCAUACACUACAAGCAUACACUACAAGCAUACACUACAAGCAUACACUACAAGCAUACACUACAAGCAUACACUACAAGCAUACACUACA